AACAGAGAAUAAUAAAUACAAUAUAAAAAACUAUAUAAUUCUCUUCCACAUGAACACAUUUCAUUAUUCAUCAACAAUUCUCUCCAAACAUGCCAUGUUUCUUCCUCUUCUUCUUCUUUACUUCACUUUCUCUUCUCACCACAAUCUCAAUCUCAAUCUCCACAGAUACCUUAACCUCAUCACAAAUUCUCAGAACAAAUCAGACCCUUGAAUCAACAAAAGGAACUUUCGUUCUUGGUUUCAUCCCAGGAACAAAUUCCAACAUUUAUUUAGCCAUAUGGUACAAAAACAUUCAAGACAGAGUAGUUGUUUGGGUUGCAAACAGAGACAAUCCUCUUCACAAUUCCACUAAUGGGUUUCUCAAAAUCGGUGACAAUGGAAACAUAGUUCUUCUCAAUUCAUCUGAUUCAGACAACAACCUCGUAUGGUCUUCCAAUCAAACAACGGCUAAAAAUCCAAUUCUUCAGCUUCUGGAAAAUGGAAAUUUAGUUCUAAGAGAAACUAACGUGAAUGAAAAUCCAACAAAUUUUCUAUGGCAAAGCUUCGAUUACCCAACAGAUACUUUGUUACCAGACAUGAAUAUGGGUUGGAAUUUUGACACAAAAAUGGAAAAGCACUUAACUUCAUGGAAGAUCACAGGUGAAGACCCUUCAACAGGUGAUUAUUCAUUCAAAAUCGAUUUUCAUGGUUUACCAGAGAUUUUCCUACGGAAUGGUGAAAACAUAAUAUACCGAAGUGGACCUUGGAAUGGUGAAAGAUUCAGUGGUGUACCAGAGAUGCAACCUGACACAGAUUCCAUAGUUUUUAAUUUUUCAACGAAUGAACACGGUGUAAACUACUCAUUUUCAAUCGGGAAUCGGUCGAUUUUCUCGAGACUAGUUGUGAAUUCGAUAGGGGAACUUCAGCGUCUAACAUGGGUAGAAAGUAGUAAAACAUGGACAAAGUUUUGGUAUGCACCGAAAGAUCAAUGUGAUGAUUAUAAAGAGUGUGGUCCUUAUGGUGUGUGUGAUUCUAAUGCUUCCCCUGUUUGUGAAUGUGUGAAAGGUUUUAGUCCUAAGAAUGAACAAGCAUGGAAAUUGAGAGAUGGGUCUGAAGGGUGUGUUAGGAAAACGAAUUUGGAUUGUGAGAGUGACAAGUUUUUUCGAAUGGAGAAUGUGAAGUUACCUGAGACAAGUUCUGUGUUUGUGAACAAGACAAUGAGUAUUGUGGAAUGUGGUGAUUUGUGUCAUAGGAAUUGUUCUUGUACUGGUUAUGCUAAUGUUUAUGUGACUAAUGGAGGAAGUGGUUGUGUUAUGUGGAUUGGUCAACUUGUUGAUAUUAGAACUUAUUCUGAUGGUGGACAAGAUCUUUAUGUUAGAUUAGCAGCUUCUGAGAUAGAUAACUCAGGAUCUGCCAGUGACUCUCACAAGACAAAUCACAGAGCUGAGAUUGUAGGAAUCACAAUUUCUGCAGUUGUUAUAAUUUUGGGAUUGGCUAUCAUAUUAUGUAACAAGAGGAAAUUGCUAAGUAGAUUGAAUGGGAAGACAGACCAAAGAGGUUCUCUCCAAAGAAGUCGAGAUUUGUUGAUGAAUGAGAUGGUAUUUUCAAGCAAUAGAGGUAGCUCAGGAGAAAGGGACAUGGAUGACUUAGAGUUACCAAUGUUUGAUUUUAAUACCAUAACAAUAGCUACAAACAACUUCUAUGAAGCCAAUAAACUUGGACAAGGAGGCUUUGGUAGUGUUUACAAGGGAAGGUUGAUUGAAGGCCAAGUAAUUGCUGUCAAGAGGUUGUCACAAACCUCAGGACAAGGAGUUGAAGAAUUUAAGAAUGAGGUCAAAUUAAUUGUCAAGCUUCAACAUAGAAAUCUUGUUAGGUUAUUAGGUUGCUGCAUUGAGAAGGAUGAGAAGCUGCUAGUGUAUGAGUACAUGGAAAAUAGAAGCCUUGAUUCCAUUUUGUUUGACAAAACCCGAAAACCUUUACUGGACUGGACAAGGCGAUUUAACAUUAUAUGUGGAAUAGCUAGAGGGCUUCUUUAUCUGCAUCAUGAUUCAAGACUCAGGAUUAUCCAUAGAGAUCUCAAGGCAAGCAACAUUCUACUUGACAGCGAAAUGAACCCUAAAAUAUCAGACUUUGGGAUGGCUAGAAUAUUCGGCAAAGAUCAAACAGAAGCAAAUACUUUGAGAGUUGUUGGAACAUAUGGCUAUAUGUCUCCUGAAUAUGCUAUGGACGGAAACUUCUCGGUGAAAUCAGAUGUUUUUAGUUUUGGAGUUCUUGUACUAGAGAUCAUAACUGGAAAUAAAAAUAGAGGAUUCUACUAUGCAAACGAUGAUAUGAAUCUUCUAAAGAAUGCAUGGAGCCAAUGGAGAGAAGGCAAUGCAUUGGAACUCAUCGAUUCAUCGAUCAGCGAUUCAUAUACACCAUCUGAAGUUCUUAGAUGCAUACAUGUUGGACUAUUGUGUGUUCAAGAACGUGCAGAAGAUAGGCCAACAAUGCCUUCAGUGCUGUUGAUGCUAAGUAGUGAAACUGCACUAAUGCCAGAACCAAGAAGUCCAGGGUUUUCCCUUGGAAAGUCAAAGAAUCCUCAAGAGACUGAUUCCUCUUCAAGUAAACAUGAUGAAACAUGGAGUGUGAACCAAGUCACUGUCACAUUGCUAAAUGCUAGGUAGUGAAAUACCAUUCAACAUAUUUGUAUAGUCACAGAAACAUGAAAAUAAAUGUUUCUGUAUAUAGAGUUUGAGUUUAAUUUUGAGACAGUUAACAAUCAUUUUAUACUCAUCCAAUCUUAUGUUGGCGAUACCUUAUUUAAGAAUUUUUCUAAGUUAACAGCAAGUGCUGAACUCAACUUGUUAAAUAACGUGGCAAGACAUCAUUAGAAAAUGCACCAGAAAAAAUCACUUUCACAUA